CGCAAACCCACACAAAAAUUUUCUCCCAUUCUUCCUUUCCUUCAUUUCUUCUUCCUCCUUUUCCUCUGUUCUUCAUCUCUGAUGCGAUUUUUCAGCUAAAAGGAACCAGCUUUGGGUGGAAAACCAAAAAAAAUGUCUCAGUCCUGCAUAGAGUGUCUCAGUUUAAUCUCAACCGACGAUUUCCGGGUCAUCAAUCGCCGGCCUCCCGCCGCCAUCAAGCUCCCUUCGAUCCCCAUCCAACAGCAGCAACAACAACAACCCAGAUGCCCGCCUUCCCCGGCCGCCGCGCCUCCGCCGCCGGAGCGCCGGGUCGUGGUGGCGAACCACCUCCCCAUCCGGGCCACGCCCGACCCGGACAGGCUGUCGACGGCGCCGUGGAGGUUCGAGCUCGACGAGGACUCCCUCUACCUCCAGCUCCGCGACGGGUUCUCGCCGGAAACAGAGGUCUGGUACGUCGGCUGCCUGAAGCCGGAAAUCGACCCGAGGUAUCACGAGGAGAUUUCACAGACGCUGGCGGAGAAGUUCCGGUGCGUGCCCGUUUUCCUGCCGCCGGAGGUGCUCAACAAUUUCUACCACGGUUUCUGUAAGCACUACCUCUGGCCCCUCUUUCACUAUAUGUUGCCCAUCUCGCCGGCGCACGGCGGCGCCGCCCGAUUCGACCGGAAGAAUUGGCAGGCCUACGUCUCGGCGAACAAAAUCUUCGCGCAGAGAGUGGUCGAGGUGCUGAACCCAGAAGAGGAUUCGAUUUGGAUCCACGAUUACCAUCUCUUACUCCUCCCCACUUUUCUCAGGAAGAAGUAUCACAGAGUGAAAUUAGGGUUCUUUCUCCACAGCCCGUUUCCCUCUUCCGAAAUCUACAGGACGAUUCCCGUGAGGGAGGAGAUCCUUCGGGCUUUGCUCAAUUGCGAUUUGGUAGGGUUUCAUACUUUCGAUUACGCUCGCCAUUUCUUGUCCUGCUGUAGCAGAAUGUUGGGUCUAGAUUACGAAUCGAAGAGAGGGUAUAUUGGAUUGGAGUAUUUUGGGCGAACUGUGAGUAUCAAGAUCUUGCCGGUGGGGAUUCACAUGGGCCAGCUGGAAUCGAUUCUCAAAGGCGGGGAAAUCGUGGAGAAGGUGAAGGAGCUGAAGGAGAGGUUCAAGGGGAAGACUUUGAUUGUCGGGGUUGACGAUUUGGAUAUCUUCAAAGGGAUCAGCCUCAAGUUUCUGGCAUUGGGGAGGUUGCUGGAGCAGAAUCCGGAUUUGAGAGGCAAAGUGGUUCUGGUCCAGAUUUGCAAUCCGGCGAGGAGCAAAGGGAAGGAUGUGCGAGAAGUGGAGGACGAGAUCCAGUCGGUGGCGAAUUCGGUGAAUCGGAGGUUCGGGAGAGGACAAGAUGGGUACAGUCCGAUCGUGUUCAUCAAUGGCGGAGCUCUGACAACUCUGGAGAAAGCUGCUUACUAUGCCGUGGCAGAAUGCUGCGCGGUGAAUUGCAUCAGGGAUGGUAUGAAUUUGGUUUCUUACAAGUACACUGUUUGUAGACAGGGGAGCCCUGUUCUGGACCAGAUGGGUAAUGAUCACGAUGUAGGCAAGGUUGAGAAGAAAAAGAGCGUCUUGAUCGUCUCCGAGUUCAUCGGGUGCUCGCCAUCGCUGAGCGGGGCGAUCAGGGUGAACCCGUGGAACAUCGAGGCAGUGGCGAGCGCAAUGUCUGAUGCGAUCACGAUGAAGGACGAGGAGAAGAGGAUGCGCCACGAGAAGCAUUACAAGUACAUCAGCUCCCACGAUGUGGCCUACUGGGCGAGGAGCUUCGAUCAGGACCUGGAGCGGUCCUGUCGAGAUCACUACAACAAGAGGUACUGGGGUGUUGGAUUCGGUCUCGGGUUCAGGAUCGUCGCAUUGGGUCCCAGCUUCAGGAAGCUCUCCAUCGAGCCGAUCGUGGCUGCCUACAAGAAGACUUCCACCUCCAGCAGGCUCAUCCUGCUCGACUACGACGGUACAAUGACCCCACAAGCAUCCGUCGACAAGUCCCCCAGCGACGAGGUGAUCACCGUCCUGAACCGCCUGUGCGAUGACCCCAGGAACGUAGUGUUCAUCGUCAGUGGGAGAGGCAAGGAGCCAUUGAGCAAGUGGUUCUCCCGGUGCCCCAAAUUGGGGAUCUCUGCUGAGCAUGGUUACUUCACUAGGCUGGACGAGGGAAUCAUCAUGGCAGGCAUGCCUGGUGGUGAUGGACAGCGACUGGAAGAAGAUAGCCGAGCCUGUGAUGGAGCUAUACACGGAGACGACGGAUGGAUCGUUCAUAGAGCACAAGGAGAGUGCACUGGUGUGGCAUUAUCAGGAGGCAGAUGCUCAUUUCGGGCAGAGCCAGGCCAAAGAACUGCUCGAUCACCUCGAGAAUGUGCUUGCCAAUGAGCCUGUUGUUGUCAAGAGAGGCCAGCACAUCGUUGAGGUCAAGCCCCAGGGAGUGAGCAAAGGCAUAGUGGUAUCGAACUUGGUCUCUACGAUGCAAAGCGAGGGCAAGUCCCCCGACUUCCUGCUCUGCAUUGGGGACGAUCGAUCCGACGAGGACAUGUUCGAGUCGAUUGCCAGACAAGUCGAGAACCCACAGUCUCCAUCCAUAGCCGAGGUGUUCGCCUGCACGGUGGGGCAGAAGCCAAGCAUGGCCAAGUACUACCUCGACGACACUAGUGAUGUGAUCAUGCUGCUUCAAGGGCUUGCUAAUGCUUCAGCAGUAGAAAGACCACCACGAAAUCAAGUUUAAUUACAAAAGUAAAGGAAGCAAAAGGUAACCCCUUCUUGAAGUGCAAGUAUAGAAGAGAAGAAAAAAAGGUUAGUGAGAGUUCAAAUUAGGAGACAGAAACAAGACCCUGAAAUGGUAGUAAAAAAGAAAGAAAGAAAAGGUGGAGACUUUGUACAGUUGUUGUCGAUGAUGAUGAUGAUGAUAGAUUUACUGCAGAAGCUUACAGCAUGUUGAUUUCUUUUCCCCCACUGCUUUGUUGUUGCUUUUUUUUUUGGUGAAGGGUUUAUAGUCAACAGUUCUCAUAUUUGACUGAUUCAUAUACACUGAUUCAUUCAUUGCAAGAACAGUUCCAUUUCUUUUGAGAGGUGAUUCUGCAGUUUGGUUAGGUUUUCAAUCAGAUAGGAUAAACACCUGCCUUACUGCCCACUGCUACAAGACCAAAGGCGUUGCCUUGCAUCGUCGAACUUCCUUCUUUCCUCUUGGCAAUUGAUUCAAAAGUUAGUGAUGAGGAAUGAUACUUGGAGUUGGAGAUUGGAUGGGCUUCUUUGUGUCCUUGAGAGCCUGGCCGAGGCAUUGUAGAAAUGUUCAUUUUCUUCAUAGAUUGAGCAGGAUGGCCCAACAGCCUAUUGCUCUAUGAGUGAUUUUGGGAUGAACAUGAUGAACACGGGCUCCAUCGAUCUCCAACUGUCACUUGGUGGGGCGCCUGCAGGUUCUGAAGCUGCAGGCGGCACGUGGAGAACAAGAGUCAGUGGGCAGCCUCCCUGAAGUCCAAAUGGUGAAUUGAACGAUGAGACAAUCGAUUCCGCAGCACUUUUGUACUCUUGUUUUGUCUUUCCCCACCACAAAAGGGAUACUUACAAAAGGUUUAAGAUUUCCGGCAAAAAGUACCAAAAUAUAUAAACCAAGGACUAAGAAAGACGGAGUUGCUUAUUGAGGCUUACACAAUAUAUUCGGGAAUUUACUCAGCCGAGCAGAAAUUUUGGGAG